CUCCGUAACUUAUUCAUUGUCGUCACCUCAUCAAUCGCGCGGCCUGAGUCUGGUUCCAUUAGUGGUAUAGGCGUGCAUGAAAGCUCGGUAGAUGAAUCAAGUGACCCGCCACUACGCUGAGCUGUGAAUAUACUAAGAAGCAAUUGGCUUUUCGUUUGCCUUAUUCGGGUCUAGGCUGUGAACAAGCUCGUGUUGCAAGUAUCGAACUCUCCGAUAGCAAGUCAAUCGCUGCAGUAUGGAGGGCACUAGUCAAUUACUGCCUGAACAGGCCAAGGCUGGUCAGCUUGCAACAAACAAACCACAAGAUGCUAAGCCCCGUCUAAUGUUGAUGGGUCUUCGUCGGAGCGGCAAAUCUUCCAUUGCGAGCGUUGUCUUUCAUAAAAUGCCACCAAAUGAGACGCUCUUUCUCGAGUCGACCACUCGGAUCCAGAAAGACUCGAUCCACUCCUUCAUGGAUUUUCAGGUUUGGGACUUUCCCGGUCAGCUCGAGUACCUCGAGCCAUCAUUCGAUCUCGAAAACAUCUUCGGCAGUCUCGGGGCACUCGUCUGGGUCAUCGAUGCUCAAGAUGACUACCUGGAUUCUGUUGCACGUCUCAAUCGUACCAUAUUGACCGUACAACAGUACUAUCCGAACAUUAAUAUCGAAGUCUUCAUCCACAAAGUAGAUGGGCUUUCCGACGAGUACCGCACAGACACCUUCCAGGAUAUCGUACAGCUGAUCUCAGAUGAGCUCAGCGAUGCCGGAUACGAAAAUGCCCCAGUCCACUAUUACCUAACCUCUAUCUACGACUACUCGGUCUUUGAGGCUUUCAGCAAAGUCAUUCAGAAGCUCAUUCCGAACCUCUCGACCCUGGAAAACCUCAUCAACACGCUCGCCAACAACUGUGGCUUUGAGAAGACUUAUCUGUUCGAUGUCUUAAGUAAAAUCUAUAUUGCGUCUGACACCCGUCCCGUGGACAUGUCAUGUUACGAGAUGUGCUCGGACUACAUAGAUGUGAUUGUCGAUAUUUCCGAACUGUACUCCUGGGACCAUCCAGAUCGCAAGCCCAAGGGUGACCAAAAUCAGGAGGCGGAGAGCCAUGUGGUACUGCAUGAUGAAACGAUGAUACACCUGAUGGAGAUGAACAAGUACCUGUGUCUGGUUUCUGUGAUCCGUAACCCAGAAUCCAAGAGCAAAAAGGGUUUGAUCGACAUGAAUUGCCGUACUUUCCAGGAGGCGCUAAAUGAUGUGUUCUCUCGCAGCUGGGAGCAGGAGCAGGAGCAAGAGCAGAUAUAAAGAAAUCUCCAGAUGGAGCUCAUAUGUUUGAAGAUGUAGUACCGUGAUCAUGGCUGUUUUGUAUGUAGUUCUGUACUGUUGACAAUACCUCACCUCUCUUGAGGCACUUGGGGAUGGUCAAUCAGCAGCUGGCGGCCGGUCAUAAGAGGUUUUGUGAAGAUAUCCUGAC